GCACAGCACACGCAAGCAGCUAGACAUGAAGUGUCUGGUGGUAGCAGCGCUGGCGGUAGUAGCCGUGGGCUCACCUGUACCAGACAAUUGUCUCGUGCCAUGUGGAACUGUCGGGCAAACUUACGUGGCCUUGCCACUCCAGUACCAGGCAAGCUAUGCAGUUGGUGCUGGCCCAGUAGCGCCAACUCCUGAAGUCCAGCAAGCUACUGCAGCUUUCAUGGCUGCCUGGAAUGCUGCUGCCGCUCGAGCAAAUACCAUCACAUCGACGCUAUUGACGCCAUCAGGAUACGUUCAAAAUCCUGCACAAGUCCAGACAGCCUGUGCACAGUUCUUGGCAGCAUGGAAUCAAGCUGCUACACGUGCAGCAACUGUCCAGCAUGCAGUCUACUCUCUUCCACAACCAGUUCAGCAAACUGAAGAAGUUAGAAAAGCUACUGAGGAGUUCAUGGCCGCAUGGAGGGCUGCUGCUCAGCGAGUUUCAACUAUUCAGCAAGCAAUCACUGUUUCGGCUGAUCCUUAUUCCUCUGCACCUAAACCGGUAGAGGCUACUGAAGAGGUCAAAAGGGCUACAGCUGAAUUCAUGGAAGCUUGGAACAAGGCUGCAGCAAGAGUGCCAUCUAUUCAAACCACCAUGUACCAGCUCUCAGGAACAACACCAUCUGCUACCCCUGCUCAACCAGCUGGAUCUACACCACAAUUUGCUCCAUCAGUGGAACAAGCUACUGCUGAAUUCAUGAAGGCAUGGAAUGCUGCUGCUGCUGCCGCUGCAGCUGCUCCUGAUGUCAAUAUCAUCAUGGGUGCUAGCUCUCUUCCUCGGACUCCUGCUCAGGCUGUUGUAUACCAAGCACACUCUGUUGGUACCCCUCUGCUCCUUCCUCUUUCACUCCAGCUGCCCCUCCUGUUCCAUGGAGCUCCCGCCCAGUUGAACCUACUCCUGAAGUUCAGAGAGCGUACUGGAAUUCAUGGCUGCAUGGAAAAUAAGGCCUGCUGGCAACGCGAGAAGGAAGGAGCCAGAGGGGGCACCAACAGAGUGUGCUGUAUACAACAGCUUUGA